AUGGGUGAACAGCUGUGGUUCGAUAUUACGAUUCGAGAAGAUCUCUAUGUAAGAAAAUGUUACAUUGACUUGUGGAACUCUUUAAACUCCCUCAGUCUACCUCUUCAAAGAGCUCAUCUUUGUGCCGGCACAUCUGGAAUCGGAAAACAAUAUUUGUCACUAUAUCCUUAUGAAGUUAAAGAAGAAUUCGAGGUAUUCCAAGACACAUUUUCAACAUCAAGAGACCAGCAAGAAGCAAUUGCAAAGACAAAAGAAAACAGGGUAACUAUUUCAAGUGCUCAAUCCGUUAGAAAUCCUUGGAAUGGUCACACCUACGAGUAUAUAAAUACCACGAUGUCGUGGAACAAUGCAAAACUCGAUGCAGAGCGAAGAGGUGGAUAUCUUGCCACCCUAACUUCACAGAACGAAUACUAUUUCGUUAGAGAUCAGGUGUUGAAGAAUAUACCGAUCUUUGUUUGGCUGGGUGCAAACUCCAACAAUUCAGACUCGGCAGAGGGUGCCAUCUUCAAGUGGGCAACCGGUCCAGAGGCAGGAAUGACAAUGUUUGACAGAACCAUCAACAAAUGCUUUUCGUAUUGCUCAUGGCUACCGUAUCAACCGGAUAUCUCAAACAAUGAAAGAUAUCUCCACUUGUGGUCACAAAACAUGAUGAACGAUCUCAUCGAAAAUUGGAGCGCAAUUCAAGGAUAUAUUCUUGAGACAGGUGGGGAAAAUGAUCCUGUUAUGCUUCAACCAGAUGGUGAUGCUGAAACUAUAGUUUUUAUUAAUCUUCAAUCAUAUUCGACUAGCACUUUAACUAUCAAUGUAAAGAGUUUGAAUGGUAAAACCGAUUUUACCUGUCCAAUCAUUUCUUAUAAUACAACCACUGUAACAUGUAACAAACAACCAUACUAUAUGACUGGUGAAUACAAUAUCACUAUUUCAGAUGGUACCAAUUCAAUUGUAUUAGCAAAAGUUCAUCCAAAUUUACCAUAUGUAUCUAGUGUUAUUCCAUCACCUAAUUUGAGAAAAAAUGAAAUUAUCACUAUUAAUGGUGAAGGUUUUUCAGAUAAUGCUGCAGAUAUUCAAGUAACCGUUUCCACUAAAAACAUUGCUUGUGGUUCUGUUCGUAUUCUUACAUAUUUCAGAUCGUUCGUCUGUGCGUUGUCCGCCGAUAUUUUCUCUACUAUUCCAGAUACUUCAAACUACGGUCUAGAUUACGUAUCUGUUAACGUCAAUGGAGUCAGAUUGCUCAAUCAGACCAGAACACCAUUCUAUAACAAACAAACCAGUACCUUGUUUUCAUUCUCUGGUAAUGAAUAUACAUCGGUACGUCCAACACUCUGGCUAGAAGGUAAACCGGCAUACACUUACUCACCGUACACUCUUAGCGAUCGUCAAUUCAUUACUCAGCUUGCCAGUGCUCUACCUCAGAUGGUCUGUUUCCUCUAUAAUUUCAAUAAUAAUGUUUUUACUAUUCAACAAGGUCCUAAUGUUGGCACCACUGUUAUCACUGGAACCACUUGUACAUUGCCAGGAGGUGGUCCUGCCUGUACUGUCGAUCCAACCGUCGCCAAUGCCAACAAAGCCAUUGCAAUUGCAUUCCAACCUUCGAACAACACUUUCUAUGCACCAACCGCAUCACCUGGUUACGCAACCAUCGGAAGUUGUAGAUAUUACUAUGCUUACACUCUCACCAAUACCGUGCCAUCUUUCGUUGACCCAUCACUAGUCUUUAGAAUUCCAACCAAGGGUGGUCAAGUUAAAUUUGGUUUCAAUGGACUCAGAUUGACUAGCAGUGAAUAUACUUCUCAAUGGUCAUUGGGAGCUGCUACUUCUCUCGUUCCAAACUUUAGACCACUAGACAAUCAAACUAUUACCGCAACUCUACCUCCUGGUACUGGUGCACCAGCGGCAUUCAAAGUAGUGGCAGAUUCGCUAGUUUCAAACAAUCAAAUUCUAAUUGGUUAUAUCGCGCCAACCAUCACCUCUGUCACACCAAAUGCCUUCAUUGCAGGAAUGACAGUUCAAAUUAAAGGAGCAAACCUGGGUGCCACCGUCACAACAAUGGUAGCUACCGUCACCAACAACGGUCAAACCUAUCAAGCCAACAAAGCUGUAUAUACACCACACGAUAUGUAUAAUAUCGAUUUGAGAGCUGGUUAUGGUAAUUACACAAUCACUGUCACCGUUGGAGGUCAAGUUUCCAAUACUAUCACCGGUAGCUACACUGCACCUGCCAUUACUGGACUUUCCCAAAAUGGUUUGUUAUUCACAAUGACAGCAACCAAUUUUGCACAAGAUGCUAGCGCUUUGUCUAUCAGUUUCUCAACCUACAAGGCAUAUAACAUUAAAGUGGUCAGCUAUACAACCAUAUCUUUCAAUAUGCCAUAUGAAAUUUCUGCUGGCGCUAACUUUAUUCUUAGCUCAAAUGGCAUUGAUUCUGCUACCUAUUCAUUUAUGAUGAACCCAUACAUCAUUUAUGUACCACCUGUAAAUAUCAGCGGAGGUGUUGUCAUUGCUCAAGGUGCCUAUUUCAAUAAGAUUAUCAAUGUAUUUUUCGACAAUUCGCCAAUUACAAAAACCCAAAUCAAUUCAACCGCUGUUCAGAUAACAAUUCCUGCUGGUGGAGGUACCAACCAUAAUAUAAUAAUUGCCACCCAAGGUUCCAAUUCAAAUACCUAUCCAUACUAUCAUCUUCCAACCAUUACAUCGUUUGUUCACACUGGUGAUAACACAGUCAUUUUGAACGGUGGUGGAUUUUGGGUUUCCACACUAGUAGCACUUCCAGGAGCAGCGGCAAACAUCACCGCCACUUGGAUCAGUAUCUCUCAAAUAUCCGCACCUAUUCCCAACAAUAUUAGAGCUGGUCUCAUCGUUACCACCAGUCCAACCGCAGGAAAGGAACAAGCAUCCAUUCAAUUCAACCCAACACCUGUUAUUAGCUCAGUAGCACCAACAACUCUUCCAACUACCGGAGGAAACAUCGUAUUAACUGGAAAGUUUUUGAGUAUUACCGAUAACAAUAAUAAUCCAGUUAAUAGCCAGAUAACAGUUGGACCAUUUACAUGUUCCGCCCCACAGAAUACCAACUCUGACUAUUCAACACUCCAAUGUCUUGUUCCACCAGGUUCAGGAAAAGAUUUACCAAUCACUGUUUCUCUUAGUAAAGUAACUGCUACUGGUAUUAACUUUUCAUUUGUUGCUCCAUAUAUUUCAACUGUCACUCAAAAAGGAGCAACCAUUGAAAUUCAAGGUACAAACUUUGGUCCACUCGCAAGAGUGGUUGUAACAUUGGCCGGUAAAACUUUGACUUGCAGUCAAGGAAGUGAUACAUUGGUGACUUGUCAAAUCAUUCCAAGUUCAACCUCUGGAGAUUGUAUUCUAUCAGCCGGUGGUCAAGCAUCCAAUUCUUACACGACCUACCUCACUCCACAAAUUCUUUCAAUGACACCCGCUCUCUCCAAUGCCUCUGCAAUCACAGUCUCUGGAAACUACUUUAGAGAUACCAUUGGAUCUACCUACAAGGGAACAGUUGGAACCACUGUAUGUACACAAGUCACCAAUAUUCAAAAUACCGAUACCAUCGAAUGUAAAUUACCAAGCCCUUCCGAUGCCUCAACUGUCGACACCACACCAUUGGUCACCAUUACCAUUGCUGAUAUCGAUAGUAAUUCAAUUCCAUAUCAAUAUUCCAAUCCAACUAUUUCAUCGGUUACUCAAAACAACUCAUACAGCAUUGUUAUUGGCGGUAAUAACUUGGGUACAAGUGUAACUUCCCCAACAGUGACUCUUGGAAUCCAAACACUUUCAUGUACCAUCUCAACCGUUCAAUUCGAGUUGAAUUGCUUAUUGGAUUCAUCUUCCCAAAGUGGUCUAGUAACCGUUAGCAAUUAUGGUACUUCUGGUACUUCUAAUUUGAACUUGAAACCAAUCUUGACAUCCAUCAAUAGCAUUGCUUCAGGUGGUAUUGUAAUCAUCAAUGGUUAUUUCGUUCAAGAAGUAAAUAGUGUCAACAUUGGAUCUCAAACCAUUGGGUUGGCAAGCAUUACCAAGGUUGAUCUUAAUACCAUCAGUUUCCCAUUGACCGGCUCCGGAAUCAACAAGACAACAACAAUCACAACAACCAAAGGACAAAUUUCAACAUCUUUAAUCUUCUCUUUCCUACCAACUGUAACCAGCAUUUCUCACAGUGGAACAACUUUUCUCACAAUUUCUGGUGCCAAUUUUGAUAUCGAUUCAUUUAUUACCAUCAACACAAAAGAAGUUCACACUGGUGCAGAAAUUACUGAAACCCAAAUUAUCCAGAGAGUUUCCUCUACUCUAAAGAAUGGUAAUCUCAGUGUAACCUCCCACUCUGCCAAAACACAAGAUCAAAACUACAAGUUGACUCCUCUUGUCGACUCUGUAACCAGUGUACCAACUUCAGGUGGUGUUGUCUCUGUGUUUGGUGCAUAUUUGAAUUCCUACAGAGCUGAUCUUAGCAACACCACUAUCACCAUUGCUAUUGGAUCAAUGUCAUGCGCAUAUAUCUCUGAUAUUGGUGAUAAUACUGGACUAACAUGUAACUUGGGUGCUGGAACUGGAUCAAACUACCUUGUCUCAGUAACCAUUGAUGGAGUCGUAAGUGUUGGAACUGCUUCUUUCUCAUAUGGUAAACCAAGUAUUUCAAGUGUCACCCAAUCACUCAAGAACAUCACUAUCCAAGGUAUGAAUUUGGGUAGCAAUAUCAACGACCUCGAUAUUCAAUUGAAUAGUGUUCCACUCGACUGCACCAUUGUUGAAGUUGACACCACUUUGGAUUGCUCAGUACCACAAAAUGCAUCCUCUGGUAAUAUCAUCGUUGAUGUUCUAGGACAAAAGACCAACUCUAUGAACAUCAAUUUGUCACCAAUUAUCGAUUCAAUGAAGCCUGCUCCCUCAAAUGCACAAUCCAUUACUCUGACUGGAUGGUAUUUCAGAAAUGUCUCAUCAAAUACCUAUGCUGGAACCAUUGGAAAUGUCGUUUUCAUCUCCUUAAAACCAGUAACUGGAACCGAUACAAUUGUUUGUGAAAUCAAUGUUCCAUCGCCAGCCGAAAUUUUAGAUAACGCUCCAAUUAUCUCGAUUGAAAUUAACGAUAAGGAAAGUUUAAAUACUAUCGCUUAUCAAUACUCUUCUCCAGUCAUUUCAACAAUUCUCCAAAACAAAUACAAAUUGGUAAUUAAUGGUCAUACUUUUGGAAAUAAUGAUCUCACCCCAGAGGUUAGCUUUGGUCAAAUUUCACUCGACUGUGAGUUGACAAGUGUUCAAACAUUGAUCGAGUGUGACUUGCCACUAUCAGUGAACAACUCAUUGGUUAGUGUAACUGGCUAUGGUGGAAAUAAAGAUUCCAAAUUCUUUUAUUUGACACCGAUUAUCAAGUCAGCCACAAAUGUUCCAACCAGUGGAGGAAAUAUCACCAUCACAGCAGACUUUGUAAAUGACAUUCUAACUGGUAACACAAAUCAAUACUAUGCCUUGAUAAAUGAAAUAGUCAAUACAACUAUUUUUGUAGAUCAGUCAACCAUCUCUAUAUAUGUUGGACCAGAUUAUAUCAACAGCUUUAACAUCUCCAUUACAGUAAUUGGAAAGGAGUCGAAUAUCUUUUCAACAGGUUAUUCCAAUCCAGUUAUCACUGACUAUUCACAAUCAUCCAAUAUUCUCACAGUUAAAGGUGAAAGUUUCGGAACCAACAGUGUUAACAAUACAGUCUACUUAAGUAUCUCAAAUAACAUUUUGAAAUGUGUUGUCACAGUCGAUCACACUGAAAUUCAAUGUGAUUUGAAUGAUCUUAAAGACGCGAGAGGAUUGUUGCAAUCACAAUCAUCGAUCUUUAUCUAUUUAAAUACUCCAUCUAUCAACUCAAAUACAGUGACAAUCUAUUUAACACCAAUGUUGAAUAGUAUUUCUAAUGCACCUGUUGAUGGUGGUCUCAUUACAAUUAGAGGUUAUUUCUUAAAUAACAUGGCAAACACUCCUCAGAUCCCAAUGGUAGUCAUGUCAUCUGUUGGUGCGUGUCAAGCUCAAUCCUCUAGCAAUACAAGAGUUAUCUGUAGAGUUCCAUCAGGAUCACACGGUACCAACAAUACUAUCAAUGUUACCUUGACUCCAAAUAGCCAAAGAUCAUUUAUCUCUCAACCAUUCGCCUACUCUGCAAUUUCCCCAGUCAUACAGCAGGUCAUUACCAAUGGAAAAUUCUAUUAUCCAUCAACUGGUAUCGUUACAGUCAAGGGUACCAAUUUCAUUCCAAAACCAUUGGCUGCCAUUAAUAUUGCUGGUUCAGUAUGUACUGGUCCAACAUUUAUCAGUAGUACACAAUACACCUGUGAAUUCAAUGGAUCAAUUCCUUUGGUCAAGAACUAUGGUUUGAAUGUCCAAAUAGAUUGCGAUGGUUUGACUGAUUCCGGAGAUUAUUUCUACUAUGAUCAACAACCAGUUUGUAAUCCAGCAUGUCUUAAUGGUGGUGAAUGUGUCGAAGGAAUAUGCACCUGUCCAACUGGAUACAUCGGUAUUCAAUGUGAGAAAAAGACAAACAAUAACAAUGGAACAUCACCAGGAACAGUCGACCCAGACAAUGCAAAUUUCUCAUCGAAUCUCUCUGUAUUCUUCAGUCACGUCAGAGAGUUGGAUCAAGAAGGAAAUACCGUGCUUAUGUAUCCAUUAAGCAAGAUCUCAUGGAAGAACUCAACUGUCAGCGAUGCCAAUGCAAAUGAAAUCUUCUCACUCGGAAUCUUCCCAGAAACCAAUAUCACCAUCACUGUCAAGUCAACUCUUUACAAGGAUGCCACCACCAUUUAUUUCGCUGGUGAACGUAUCGAUAUGGGUGCCAACACACUUAAAUAUGAGGUCAACUGUUCCGGUUGGAAUUUCACUUCGCCACUCAAUUCUUUGCAGCUGAUUUACUCAUUGAGCGCACCAUCAACCUCAGAAAACUGCAAUGGAAAUGUCGACACCACCACAGCUACCAAUGAUGACACUGAUGACCUACGUUACAUUGAAAUCGAAUUGAAUGACAAGAUCUUUGUUACUAAAUUCUCAAAGAGAAUCAUUGUAGACAAGAAAGUUACCACAACCAACACCAAACUCUUGCAAAAGGGAGACACGAUCUUCCAAGACUCAUUCUUUACCAAUUCAAAUGCAACCAAGAUCAUUGCUGUUGGUUUGACCGUUCCAAGUUUCUCACAGUUUGUCGCAAUCGAUCCAAAUUUCUCAGUUCUCAUCAACCCAAAGAACAAUGAUUCCGGUUGCUCAAAGAAGAAAUCCCUAUGGUGGAUUUCUUUAAUUGUUGUAGGUGGAGCAGUCGCUAUUGCAGGAACCGUGGUUGCUGCAGUGAUGAUCAAGAAAUCAAGAGCCAUCAAGAAAACAAAUAGUAGAUUAUCUGUCAAACUUGGAGCAUUAAAUUAA